CAUCAAACGAACCCUGUAUGAGCGAGGUGUCGCACCUGCUGCUUCCUCCUUCCACACUUUUCUCCCAUCCUCGUGCAGCUGAAUUCGAACUUCCACCUUUCCCUCAACAACCACCCGCGUGAAACAAAUUAAUCCCUCCCACAACCACCCAAGAUGUCAACCCCAAAACCAACAGAAAGCGCGGCGACACCAGCCGAUCCCGCCCCAGUUGACACCCGCGAUGCGCUUGAAGUCCUCGAGUCGGAAGCCAAGGAGUGGGACAAGGACGCCGAAAUCGACCGCAUCCUCAAAGCCUUCCGCCUGAACGCCUACGCCGUCCUCGGCCUAAAACCCGGCGCCCCCGAAUCCGACAUCAAAAACCUCUAUCGCAAGAAAUCCCUCCUCAUCCAUCCAGACAAGACCAAAAACCCCCUUGCCCCCGACGCCUUCGACCGUUUGAAAAAAGCGCAGACCGAGCUCAUGGACGAGAAGCACCGCGCCCGACUCGACGAGGCCAUCGCCGACGCUCGCAUGCUCUUGAUGCGGGAGAUGAAGCUCACUGUUGACUCCGAAGAGCUCAAAACCCCAGAGUUUGAGAAGAAGUGGGAUGAAAAGACGGUAUUUGUGCUGGUGGAGAAUGAGCAAAGGAGGAGGCGGCAGAUGAAGGCGCAGUUGCAGGAGGAGGGUAGGGAGCAGAGGAAGCAGGAGGAGGAGUUGGAGCAGAGGAAGAAGAAGAGGCAGCAUGAGGAGGAUUGGGAGAAGACGAGGGAUCAGAGGAUUGAUAGCUGGAGGCAGUUUCAGAAGGGGAAGAAUGGGGAGCCGGAGAAGAAGAAGAAGAAGUUGAAGCCGAUUGGGUGAGCUGAUGGGGGGGUUAGCAGCACAGAUGAGAUACGCAAGACUUCAGAUGAGAUGGAAUAGAACGAACUGACGGGAUGGGAUAAGCAUAACAGGGCAUCAUCUCGAACGAAGCAGCAGGGGUUUGAGCUUAUGGAAGGGCAUUCAUGUCGUGAGUUACAUUUCUGGGUGAAGGAGAGGUAGAGAGGACGUUGUUUGACCCCUGACCAUAUCAUCAGUUGCCAGCAUACUCUACACGUUAGCGUGGAAGUCAUCUUGCCCCAGCCUCCUUGGGUGGUGGUUUAUUCUCUCCUGAAAAUGGUCUGUACACACACAUCAAGCUCCAUGCUGUGAACCGUUUCUCUUUAUUGACGUUUCUUUCAGGUCUCAAGGUAAGAUUCCCAAGAUCCGUGAUACCAACUGCCUUUUUUGUAUGGGUCUUGGUUGGAUGUUCUGUCCACAAGCCAUCCCUUUCAAGGUGAGAUCCGCGUGGUUCGUAAUCAAGACGACAAAACGCAUCUUGGAAAAUGCGACUUCACCUAUUAGAAAAUGAGCCAUCGUAGUUGAAAUACAAGCAGCCUUCGUUCAUGGGGAUAGCGAUCCCUCAAGAGUACAAUAUGGACAACAUUACGCAGGCUUGAC